AUGGGAACACGACAUACGCCGGGGCCAGAGUCGAGCGUGUCGAACGUGUCGAGCACCGACGUCAAGACGAUCGUGGGGUUUAUUCCAGACGACAGGUCAGAAGGCACAGGCGACCUCACUCUGCCUCGUCGACCAUGGCGCAGGGCCCCGAUGGACUGGCGCGCCAUCGUCGCGCACGAGUACAAGGGCGCCGGUACGGAGGAGGACCCAUUUGUCGUCAUGUGGCUCCCUCACGACACCGAAAAUCCAUAUCGCUGGAGCCCACUAUACAGGUGGACUUUGACGAUUCUUGCCGCGAUGGGAACACUAUCCGUCACAAUGGGGUCGUCAGUCCUAUCCUCUGCCAUGAAAAGUAUCCGGCACGACUUUCCCAACCACAACGACCAGAUGUACAUCAUGGUGACCGGCAUCUAUAUUCUCGGCUUUGUGCUUGGACCCUUCCUGUGGGCGCCAUUCUCGGAGGUUUUUGGUCGUCGCCUAACAUACAUCAUCACGUUCAUCCCACUCACGGCGUUUGACGCGGGCGUGUGCGGCGCACCAACACUAAAUGCGAUGCUCAUCCUCCGUUUCCUGGCCGGCAUGUUCGGGUGCUCGUCCAUGACCAGCGCUGGUGGUCUUAUCAGCGACAUGUUUGAGAGCUCGGACCGCGGUCUCGCGAUGGGUGUGUUUGGCGUCAUGCCGUGGCUCGGGCCUGUCAUCGGGCCAAUCUGCGGCGGCUUCCUCUCGUAUGCUGAAGGAUGGCGGUGGGUCGCUGCCGUUACAGCCAUAUUUGCUGGCGUCCUCACGGUCAUGCACAUCGUGUUCAUCCCCGAGACGUACGGACCUGUCUUGUUGCGCAAGCGCGCGCAUAAGCUCUCUGAAGCAACAGGCCGCGUCUACCGCUGCGAGGACGACGUGAUCACACCCCUCAACCAUCGCGACCUUGUUAUCAACCAGUUCAAGAUGCCGUACAUCCUCCUUUUCACCGAGCCGAUUGUGUUCGUCUUCUCGAUUUACAUGGCUGUCAUCUUCGGCCUUCUGUACAUGCAAUUCACCUCGUUCCCGCUCGUCUUCCAGGGAGCGCGUGGCUGGUCGCCCGGUAUUGCCGCGCUUGCCUUCAUCGGCAUCGCGGUUGGCUCCAACACCGCUCUUGGGUACAUGAUCUUUGCCGGAAAUCCCAAGUACGCUCGCGAGUUGCAGGAGAAGGGUGCGCUGCCCCCAGAGGCCCGCCUGCCGACAGGCCUAAUUGGAGCCACACUCUUGCCUCUCGGCCUCUUCGUCUUUGCGUGGACGUGCGUUCCCACCUCGAUCCACUGGAUUGUCCCCAUAGCCGCAACGGUACCCUACGGCGCUGGUCUCGUCCUCAUCUUUCUCGCGUGUAACAACUACCUCGUUGACAUGUUCUGCCACAACGCCGCCUCGGUUCUGGCGGGCGGAACGGUCGUGCGUUCCAUCAUGGGCGUGGUUCUACCACUCACCACCCUGAAGAUGUACGAUGCGCUGGGCAUCAACUGGGCGUCCACCCUCGUCGCGUUCCUAUGUCUCGUCUUCGUACCCGUUCCCCUCAUUCUCAUCAAGUACGGACGGCGCAUCCGGCGUCUGACAAAGCGCGGCCGUGAUUCGGACGAUCGCAUGGAGGAGAUUGUGAGGGUUACUGCGGCCAAACGCACCGGUGGCGACCCCGAGCUCGGCGCGAUUGAGGAGAAGGACGAGCUCGACAAUGGCGAUGAUGGCGACGAGCUUGCCGACGAGCUCGUCUACGGCGCACCGCCCUCCCGAGCGGCGUCUCCCACAUGCCCCGGUAUUGCCCCAGUACGGUGCAACACGCGGGACGAUCGUAGUGCCCAAAUGAUUGUUCCUUAG